CGGUGGACACCGUGAAGGGCGCCGGGCCCCGCCGUGACCCCCCGCUCUACCCCGCAGGUCCCGGCGCAGUGGCGAUGCCCCGCGCGGGCCUCAAGAAGUGGGUGCUGCCGCCGGAUUACAGCGGAAUCACCAUCCCGGAGAAGCCGAAGCUGAAGUUCAUGGACAAGGUGCCGGCCGUGCCCAAGGUGCGGCGGGAGCCGCGGAUGCUCCGUGACAUCCGCGGGCCGUCCCGGGAGGCCACCGACUUCAUCCAGGGGCAGUACGGGAUCCUGGUGAGCGCCGAAGGGAGACGGGGGGGGGGGGAAUUCCAGAGAGUGGCUCUGGAAAACUGA